UACCCUGCGGUCGCGUAUUACCUACUCAAGUCCGUUCUGUCGGGAGUUCUCGAACCACUGUUUCUCAAAGUUCUUGGUGAUGGAUAAAAUUUGCGAUACCUGUAGUGAACGGAUGUCGGAUGGAGUAUACUGCACUGUAUGCUGUAUGACAAUGCACUUUCAAUGCGCGGGAAUUACUGAAGCUGGUUAUCGGAAAUUGGGGGACAGAAAGCUUACCUGGCGUUGCAACAAAUGUAGGCUAUCCGGCACGUCCCAUCAACCAGUAUCGCCUGCACCAAAAUCACCAAUCGCAGAAUCAGCAGUAUUACUGGAAAUACGAGCGCUGUCUGAAAAGCUGACUCCGUUGGAGAGUCUAAAGGACGAAGUCUCAACAAUGAGGAAGGAAUUCGCUGAUUUAAAAUCAUCACUUAGUAAGCAAUUUGAUGAGAUUAUAAAUAAACUAGAAGAUAAGUUAAGGGUAAUGGAGCAACGUGUUGUUAAGGUGGAGUGUAUAAAAGAAGACGUGGAGAAGCUUCAAGAACGUUUGAUGAAACUGGAGGACGAAUCCGAGGACAGAGACCAGUGGUCACGAAUGAAUAAUAUAGAAAUAAAAGGAAUAACGCAGCAAAACAAUGAAAAUCUGUUGGAGAUAGUCGUAAAAAUUGGCUCAAAAAUUAACUACCCAAUCUCAAAAACCCAAAUAAAUUUUGUAUCAAGAGUACCAACACGCGAGAAGGACCGUACUAAACCAAUAAUAGUUUGUUUCUGUAACCGAUACGUAAAGGAGGACUUCAUUGCCGCCGCUAGACUGGAGGCCAAAACGUCUCCUUUGACAAACAGUGUCUUUGGAUUAUCCGGUAAUCAAAAGGUAUACAUUAACGACCAUCUUACCAUUAAAAAUAAAUUGUUACUGUCCCAAACCAAGAAGUCGGCUGCUGCAGCAAAUUUUCAAUAUGUGUGGAUAAAACACGCGAAAAUACAUGCACGAAAAACGGAGACAAGUCCAGUUAUUAUUAUAAAAUCAGAAAAGGAUUUAACAAAAAUAGUGUAAUUUACUUAAAUAAUACUCCUCAGUUUGAGAGCCGUAGAUCACUGAGUCCAGCUUGCGUUUUCCUGAUACUCAUGUGUCCAUGCUCAUUGUGUUCAAAUAAGCUUUAUAAAAAUAUUUUAGUCGUUAGUAUUGUGUUACAACUUGUUAAUGACCUUAAGUACAUAAAAUUUGAGCUUUAUUUUCAAUACA